GAGGCGACCUGCACAGCACUCGCUUACAUAAGAAGAAGAAGAGGAAGAGAACAGGACGCCGCACCAUGGACGCUGCAGCACCCUCCUCGACUGACGAGGCCGACGUGGACCCGCUCGUCGCGCAGACGGCCAGGAAGAUUGCCGACGCCAUCAACGACUUCAAGCGCGAGCUCGACAAGCGCGACGGCACCUGGGCCAACGCCCACGGCGCCCUGCAGCUCGAGCUGAGCGACACGCACACGUGGGAGCUGGCCAUUGUGCCCGACGACGACGGCGACGAGUACCCCAUCACCGUCCACGCCACCCUCAAGACGCCGCGCCCCGCCAACGGCCAUGUCCCCGCCCCGUCCCCGCCAAGCACCUUCAAGCCCACGCGACGCGCCUCGGACGCAGACCUCGAGCGCGAUCUCGUCUCGCGCAAGAAGCGCAAGCUCGACAGCAACGCCGACUCGUCCAGCAAGCGCCAGCGCACCGACGACGGCGGCGACGACGAGGACAUGAUGCCGCUCAUCACCAAGGAGGACCUCGACGACCUGCUCGGCAAGCUGCGCGAGGACAUACAGGAAGACACCAGCGAGUGCGUCAAUCACGUGCAGCGCCUGCUGCGCCGCUUCAAGGAGGAGUGGCACGACAAGGCAAAGUGGGAGUUUGAGCAGGCGCAGACACGCAGCUACCCCCAGCACCGCGACUCGCUCGCCAGCAACGCCUCCUUCCCCGCGCCCACGGCCGACCGCGACGACCCCGCCGCGCCCACGCCCGAGUUUGUGCGUCGCGAGGCCAAGCUCCUCUCGACGCAGAUCAGGUGGGUCGAGGACUGCCGUCGCGUCGCCGCCGACAUCCACGACAAGCGCGAGGAGACGUGGCGCACCUCGUCGGCCGGCUUCCACGACCGCCAGCGCCAGGACCGCGAGCACUUCCAGAACAGGCUGCUGCACGACUCGGGCCUGCACACCCAGACACUCAACCAGAUCCUGAACGAGGUCAAGGCGAUUGGCCUGUAUGCCCAGAGCAUGAAGUGGGAGACGCCCACCAGCCACCUCGCCUACCCCUCGCCCGCCGUCCCGACUCCGCCAGUCUUCCCCACACAGCCUCCGAUCGCCCCAGCGCCCAUGCAAGCACAAGCGCAAAUAGGGAGAGGUGGGGGCAGGGCGUCAGCACCCAAGUAUGCCACUCACCCCAGUCAGCGGUGA